CAGAGAAGGCGAACGGAGGUGGUAGCAUAAUAAAUAAGUGGAAAAAAGCAUGUUUUGAGUGGAGAAAAGUUUUUAAUUUUAAAAUACAAUCGGAUAACUGUGUAAACUCUGAGCUCUACAAAGGAAGGAGGGAUGUAGGAGCUAUUUGGCCGCUUUCGUCGUUGUUUUACGAUGGAGGAACCUGCGACAAGAGAGUCGGAGAUGUCCCUGUCAGACGGUGCCUCGGACGACGACCUGCCCUUAACGUUACCGACAGACGGCAUCUACAGCGGGAGCGUCAGAAAGGGAUGUGAUCCUUUUGCUCAGACUCAGCGCAGUAAACUGCAGCACCGGCGAGCUCGCAUCAACCAGCAGAUCAACAAGGAGAUGCGCAUGAGAGCCGGGGCAGAGAACCUGUUCAGGGCAACAAGCAACAACAAAGUGAGGGAGACCGUCGCUCUGGAGCUCAGCUUUGUCAACUCCAACCUGCAGCUGCUCAAAGAAGAGCUGGAGGAGCUCAACAGCAACAUGGAGGUGUACCAGACGGACAGCGAGGCUAUCAACGUUCCCAUGAUCCCACUGGGAUUAAAAGAAACCAAAGAAGUGGACUUCACUCUUUCUGUCAAGGACUUCAUCUGCGAGCACUACGGAGAAGACAGCUCCCUCUACGACAAGGAGAUCAAGGAGCUUAUGGAGCUCAGACAGGCGAUGCGUACACCCAGUCGUAACCAGGCCGGCCUGGAGCUGCUAAUGGAGUACUACAACCAGCUGUACUACCUGGACCAGCGCUUCUUCCCUCUCCACAGAAACCUGGGCGUGCACUUCCACUGGUAUGACUCUCUGACCGGUGUCCCAUCCUGUCAGCGCACACUGGCCUUUGAGAAGGGGAGUGUGUUGUUCAACAUCGGCGCUCUGUACACACAGAUCGGGGCACGACAGGACCGCUCUGCUACAGCUGGCAUAGACAAAGCUAUAGAUGCCUUUCAGAGGGCUGCAGGUGCGUUUAAUUACCUUAAAGAGAACUUCUCCAAUGCUCCCAGUCUGGACAUGAGCUGCCCGUCGCUUUGCAUGCUGGUGCGACUCAUGGUCGCUCAGGUGCAGGAGUGUGUGUUUGAACGUAUCACACUCACCACUCAAGACACACACUUCACCUCCCAACUCCACCUGGCACAGGAAGCUGCACGGGUGUCAGACGUCUACCUGUUAGUGCAGCAGAGCAUGACACAGCCGCUCAUGAAGGACUACGUGCCAUUUUCGUGGGCAUCAAUGGUUCAAGUCAAAUCUGAACACUUCCGUGCGCUGUCACAUUACUAUGCCGCUGUUGCUCUCUGUGACCACACAUUGUCUGCUGAAGAGGAGGGUAAUGAGGAAGCAGAGAAAGCUUUCCUCCAGUUCUACGUUAAUGUUCCUGCAGAGCCAACGCUCAUCCAGGUUUUACAAGACCCUGAAAAAAGGAGGAAGCUUGGUAAAGCUCACCUGCGGCGGGCAGUAAUCAGACAUGAGGAGGCCAUGCGUGUCCACGGUCUUUGCAAGAUCCUGAGGAAGAUGGACAUCCUGCAGGAUGUGCUUUCUCUUACACAUAAACGCUCUCUGGAUAAAUACUCAGAGCUGGACCGGGAGGACGACUUUGAUGAAACAGCAGAGGCUCCAGAGAUACAAUCUCAUACACACCACAAACCAGACAUCAUUCCCCCCAACUUUUCUACUGUCCAAGUGUCUGAUAUUUUCCAAAGACUGGGGCCUCUAUCAGUGUUUUGUGCACGGGCUCGCUGGGGUCCUGUGCGUGUGAUCUGCCUGCAGAGGGGAGAGGGAGGACUGGGUCUCACGCUCAGAGGAGACUCCCCCGUCCUGGUGGCUGGAGUGGUGCCUGGAGGCUGUGCAGCGGAGGCUGGGCUGAGGGAGGGAGACUAUAUCGUAGCAGUGGAUGGACAGGACUGUAAAUGGUCCAAACACAGUGAGGUAGUCCACAUGCUGAAGAACUGUAAUGAAAGAGGAGUGGAGCUCAGUGUGAUCACAUUACACUCUCAUGAUACACAGCAGGCGGACAGGAGGGCACUCAUGCUGUCCCACGGCAGUUAUAAAGAAAACACCCGGCAGCAGCGUCUGCUAGGCGCAGCUAAGGGCCAGAGCUCAGCCUCUUUAUUAAACUGGAACAGGAAGAAGAAAAGGGAAGGCAGCGGGCUGACGAAGAGACUGGGAAGCACUUUCAGUUUGUCGUUUGGAAGCCUGAGAGACACCGAGGCCAUGUACUGAGAGCAGACUGCAGAGGAACCACUCAGGGAAUCACAACGAGGUAUGAGGACUGCAUUCAGACUGAUAGAUGUCAGCAGAGGGCACUGCAACAAAGUAUCUUAGCUUUGUUAUUCUGACUUAAGCACAGACCAACACAUUUGGCAAUGCCUGUAAAUAUGUGAAGGCACUCGUCAAAGAAAAUAAUGUAAUGUGUAGCAUUGUGAUGAUUUUUUCAUGAAAACAGAGGGAGGAGUUAAAUGUUGCUGCCUUGAGAAUGAUGAUAAAUCACCUCAAAGUGCAGCUGGACCACGCUGCCUUUGAGUCUUAAGUGUUGUUGAGAGUGGUUUCAUAGAAAAAAAGGCAUAAGUUGGAGUGAAUGAAGGCAAAUUCCCACACAGAGGCUAGGCCACAUUUAUAAAUGUUUGAACUUAAACUGAACUCUUAAGUUCUGUCAGAGUUUGUUGCCCACAGGCCUAGGAUAACCUAGCUUAAAUAGCUUCAAACAAACCUGAUAAACUUUUGUUUCUCCUUUGCUCUGUGUACAACCAGGCAGCUAAAAACAUGUGCAUUGAUUCAACAGACAAAAGUAUUUAUUUGACUCUGGCUUUUCAUGGUUUGACUGGUUUGAGGGAGCUUUGCUUUUACACCGUUACACUCAUUCUGUGUCCAAAGGGCUUCUGUGACAGUUUUAACAAAUUACAGCAAAGAAGUGAAAAGUUAGAAAAAUGACAGCAAAUAUACCAUCAUUUUAUUCCCCAAUGCUGAUCCUUUAGAAAAGCAGAUAUUUAAUCACAUUCAGCACAUCUCAGCUAACGAACAUUGAGUACUACAGUUUUGUAAUUUGUCUGAGUUAGUGAUAAUGACAUCUGUCAUGAUAAGAUACUAUGCAACGCAGCUGGCAAAGCUUUAAGUGAAAAUUAAGAUCACCUCUGACAGCUCCAUUCAUCUUUUUUUUUAUAAUCCAGAGCUUGAUCCAAAACGGGGUAACUGGGCUUGGUAAAGGCUACAUACUGGAUGAUUUCCAAAGGUGAAACAAUCUUAAAAUGUGGAAAACUGCAGACAGAAGGACAGUUUCAAACAAUUUCUCAGACUACACACUCAACCAGUGUUUCUUAAACCUGUUUUCUGGUAAUCCUGGAAGUGCUAGCCAUCGUGAGCCAAUCCAAAAUUCACCUGAUCAUUACGUCUGCAUAAAUAAAUAUUUUUGAACACUUUAAUUCUAUUUCUACACCACUGAAUAGUUUUUAAGACAAGCUAGUAUGACAAAUGUCUGUCAAGGCAUCACAACUUAAUUUUCUGCAUGUUAUUGCUUAUCAAGAUUGCCUUCUGUUCUGGUAGCAGGUGCUAGCUUGGCCAAUGUUAAAGGCUGGCCUGGACAACACGAAUCCAGCCAGAUUUGGCCUGACAGCAACAUCGGAACUCAUCCUUAAACCUCUGGCAAUUUUUGCACAUUGGGAACAGUGUUAAUUUUGACAGCUGUUUUAAUUGUAGUUUUAAGCCGUGUUUACACAGAGAUUCCGCAAUAAAGGUGAAAAGGAAUGUCUAUCUCUGUUCAGCAAUGAGCAAUUCACACAAAGCUGUAACAGAGCCGUGCACGCCAGAGCUUACACACACACCAGCGUCCCGUAAUCAGAUGGCAGCCACUGCCCGAGCUGCUGCUUUCAAUGAAACUCGAAACUCUGGAUUCCUCCAUGUUUCUGAGUUGGAGGUCUGACUUUAAGCAGUGCCACAGUGCACAUAUUUACGUCGGAGGUGGGAAACUUCAGAGUACCGAGCUCACUUGAACACAUCAUGGAACUUUUCAGACACUGCUGUGAGCAGAGAUGUGUCUGCUCUCUCCUCUCCUGUACAGAGUGUGAUCAGCUCUCUAACCUCGCAGUCUCUCCAGUUAAUCCACAUUAUUCUUUGUUUUAUCCACGUUGUUUUCUCCCAUGAAAUGCCUCUUGAUUACACCGGGCUGGUUUUUAAAUCUCCCGUUUAUGGAGACAGCAGCGCACACUCGCCCUUGGGGAAUGUUGUGACAUCCUUUUACACUCGCUGCGGAAAAGUCUGUUACGGCUUUGAUACUACCUCUGGAUCUGGGUCAGAGGUGGGGCAAGAUUGACCCCCCAUUGCGGAACGGUCACUUUCAUACAGAACGGCGUUGCGGAUCGAAGGCAUAACAGACAUGAAAAAGAGAGGCAGUGUGAAAGUAGCUUAAGUCUUUAGAUUAAAUGCAUUUUAGUUUUGGUCACAUUUUAGUCAUUUCUACUCUUUAGUUUUAGUCUAAUAUUAGUUAGUGAAAACUCUAAAACCUUUUAGUCCAGUUUUAGUCCUCAAAAGUCCUCACAUUUUAGUCUUUACUUUUAG